AUGCGGGCACGGGGGCGUCGCACGCAGCUCCGCGAGUACAUGUCCAAAGAACACAUUGACUUUGUGGCGCUCCAGGAGACAAUUAAGGCCGACUUCUCCUUUAGAGACCUUUUGGCGUACGAUCCGCUCCAGCGCUUUGAUUGUUUUUGUGUUGGUGGAUUGCCCGUCUCCCUGGACGCCGUCCGCGACCUUGCAGAGGCAGGGACAGAAGGAUCCAAGAGCCCGGUCCGUAAAACGUUCCAUACGAAUGUCCCCAGUUAUCUCUUUGAUGACAUGGAGCAAUUCGCUCUGGAGAGGAUGGGGCUGGAGUUCCUUUCAACAAAAGAGCGCUACCAUGUCAAGGUGGUCGACAAGCAGGGAAGGUAUUCCAAAAUGUCUUGCAAAUGCACUGCGCAAGAAGAUGGGAAGCUUGCAAUCGACAAGAUUGAAUUGAACCAGAUACGACAAUUAGUGGAAGACGUAUCCUGCCUGUCGAACGAUCUUGAUUUAAGGCUGAUGUUGAAUACGAAUAGGAUCCGAAUAGACCCUGAAGUGGAAAAUGCCAUCAAGAGCUUAGUAUCUUCAGCUAUUGUUGAUCCUAAUGCCAGUGGGGGGUUUAGACAGCCACAUGGGAAUAAGUUGAUUGAUGAGAGGUUCAGCAUAACUGGAGUGUGGCGUACAAACUACAAGACUUUUGGGAAUAAAUCCUUAAAGAUGUAUCUAAGGCAUAGUGGCCGGUUUGUCCAAGGGAGCUCCACUGGAGAGCUUUCCAAUGAAGUUAGCUUCAAAUUAGCUGGCAUGUGCAAGAGACUGCAGGACGGCGGCAUUCAAGAGGUGGACACUCUAAAGGGGAUGCUGGAGUCUGUGGUGCGGAUGAUCUGGGACUAUGCUUUGAGUUAUCAUAAAUCUAAUCAUGCUAUAUAA